CGAGGGGCGCCGGGGGGGACGGGGCGCCGGGGCUGGGGGGCGCCUCGCGUGCUCGGCCCCGCGCUGGGGCCGAGCGCCUGGAAUCCAGCUCAGGCCCCGGGGCCUGGCCACCUUGGCCUGGCCCAGCCAGGCCUCGGGGACAGCGGCCUUCGCGCCCCGCCAGUUUCCCCGGGGGGCGGGGGCCACCCCCAGAGCCAGGCGGGAGUGCUAGGCCCUACAGGUUCCGAGCUGGGGGGGCACGUGAGCGCAGGAGCCUCCCCUGCAGCGCACGGGCUGGGCGCUGGGGCUUUUUAAAAGGCCUCUGUGUGCCUCCCCAGCCCCCCAGGCCUCCUUCACUUGUCCCCCACCCCCCCCACUCCCGAUUUCCCUCCCAGAGGUGAAGGGAUUGGGACUUCUCCCCCCCACCCCCAGGUGCUUGAAAGAAGAGAAGGUUGGAGGAGGAGGAGGAGACUGGGGGGACCGCUGCUGGUGGUGACAGGGCUGGAGCGCGAGGAGAGGGCCGGGGGAGGGGGCUGGGUGGGGUGGGGGUGACAGGCGGCGUGGAGCCCGGUCAGCGCGCCAGCCCCGCGCAGCCCGGAGGAGGCCGAGGCCGGCUCCCGCCGCAGACACACACAGAGCCUGCUUUCCCGAGGGCUCUUUGUCAGCCACCAACACAAGCGAACACACUGACACACACGUUACACAAAGCCCUGAGCCAGGUUGUGGGAGGCUAUGUUCUCUUUCGUGCUUUUCCUUUUAGAAGCUACUAGAGGAUGUUGGGGAUACUUCUGACUGUUAUGAAGGCCAAAAAGGCCUGUUGACUGGGGCUGCCUUUAACCCUUUCCCAUUGGCAGAGAAUGCAACCGACUGGCAGUAACUGAACAUUGGUCCUGAGUCUUUGCAAAAAGUCAAAGUUCACAAGGCCGGCCGAUCCCACUCAUGACCAUGGGGGAUAUGAAGACCCCAGACUUCGACGACCUGCUAGCAGCCUUCGACAUCCCCGACAUGGUGGACCCCAAGGCAGCCAUCGAGUCCGGCCACGACGAGCAGGAGGGUCACAUCAAGCAGCACGCGCACGGCGGGGGUGGCGCCGGCGGUGACGAGGACGCGCACGCGCCGUCUGCCUCGGACGUGGGCGUCAGCGUCAUCGUCAAGAACGUGCGCACCGUCGACUCCGCCCCCGAGGGCCUGGACAAGGACGGCCACGCCCCUGCCGGCAAUGGGUUGCACAAUGGCUUCCUCAGCGCUGCCGCCGCCUCGCUGGACGCCUACAAGGACGGCCCCAAGGGCCUGAAGGGCGGCGACGCGCCCCCGGCCUCCUCCGCCUCCUCCUCCUCCUCUUCCUCCUCCUCCUCCUCCUCCUCGUCGUCGUCGUCGUCAUCGUCGUCAUCGGAGGCCGCCCUCAAAGACUCCGCCUUCAGCCAGUUCAGCCCCAUCUCCAGCGCCGAGGAGUUCGACGAUGACGAGAAGAUCGAGGUGGACGACCCCCCGGACAAGGAGGACCCGCGCGGGGGCGCCGGCUUCCGCGCGCACGUGCUGACGGGCGCCGUGUCCCAGCAGGAUUACGACAAGCUCCAGGCGCUGGGCGGGGAGGCGGCGCUGGGCAAGGCCGGCGUCGGGGAGAAAAGCAAAGCCGUCAAGCGGGAGGCGGAGAGCAACGCCAUCGGCCUGAGCGUCUACGAGCCCUUCAAGCCCCGCAAAGCCGAGGAGAAGCCCAAGGAGAGCGCGGAGAAGGGGCUGGCGGAGGCCCGGGCCCACGACGGGAAGCCGGGCCCCGAGAAGAGCGAGGGCGCCCCGGGGCCCGCCCCGUCCAGGACCAAGCCCUCCUCCAAGCUCUCCUCCUGCAUCGCCGCCAUCGCCGCCCUGAGUGCCAAGAAGGCGGCCUCCGACCCCGCCCGGGAGCCCCCGGCGACCCCCUCCCGGGACCCCUCGCCGUCCCCCAAGGAGCCCCACGACAGCCCCCGCGCCGCUACUGCCGCCGCCGCCGACAAGUCCCCCGAAGCCCAGAGCCUCAUCGACGGCCCUAAGAAGCCGCCGCUGAAGCAGCCCGACAGCCCCCGCAGCAUCUCGAGCGAGAACAGCAGCAAGGGGUCGCCCUCGUCGCCCGCGGGCUCCACCCCCGCCAUCCCCAAAGUCCGCAUCAAAACCAUCAAGACGUCGUCGGGCGAGAUCAAGAGGACGGUGACCCGGGUGCCCCCCGACGCCGACCCGGACGCCGGCAGGAAGCCCCCCGAGCCGCCGGGCUCCGUGGUGGCCUCGGUGACCUCCAUCCUGUCGUCCCCGACCUCGGCCGCCGUCCUCUCGUCCCCGCCGCGGGCCCCGCUGCCGUCGGGGGCGGCGGCCGUGGUGACGAAUGCGGUGGCCCCGGGCGAGCUGACCCCCAAGCAGGUCACCAUCAAGCCGGUGGCCACGGCCUUCCUGCCCGUGUCCGCCGUGAAGACGGCGGGCUCGCAGGUCAUCAACCUGAAGCUGGCCAACAACACGACGGUCAAGGCCACGGUCAUCUCGGCCGCCUCGGUGCAGAGUGCCAGCAGCGCCAUCAUCAAGGCGGCCAGCGCCAUCCAGCAGCAGACCGUGGUGGUGCCGGCGUCCAGCCUGGCCAGCGCCAAACUCGUGCCAAAGACGGUGCACCUCGCCAACCUUAACCUCCUGCCUCAGGGCGCCCAGGCCACGUCGGAACUCCGCCAGGUGCUCACCAAACCCCAGCAGCAGAUCAAGCAGGCAAUAAUCAACGCGGCCGCCGCACAGCCCCCCAAGAAAGUGUCCCGCGUGCAGGUGGUGUCCUCGCUGCAGAGCUCGGUGGUGGAGGCGUUCAACAAGGUGCUGAGCAGCGUCAACCCCGUCCCGGUUUACAUCCCCAACCUCAGCCCCCCGGCCAACGCGGGCAUCACGCUGCCCAGCCGCGGCUACAAGUGCUUGGAGUGCGGGGACUCGUUCGCCCUGGAGAAGAGCCUGAGCCAGCACUACGACCGGCGCAGCGUGCGCAUCGAGGUCACCUGCAACCACUGCACCAAGAACCUGGUCUUCUACAACAAGUGCAGCCUGCUGUCGCACGCCCGCGGCCACAAGGAGAAGGGGGUGGUCAUGCAGUGCUCGCACCUGAUCCUGAAGCCGGUCCCCGCCGACCAGAUGAUCGCCGCCCCCGCCAGCAAUACCAGCGGCGCGCCCGCCGCCGUCUCCAUCGCCGCCGCCGUCCCCUCCGCGCCCGCCGCCGCUUUGCCCAGCCCGGGGGCGGCCGGCACCCACGUCGCCUCGGCCGCCGCCGCCAAGGUCCAGUCGGGCGCCACUGGGACCGUCAUCUCCGCCCCCUCCAGCACCCCGAUCGCCCCCGCCAUGCCCCUGGACGAGGACCCCUCGAAGCUCUGCCGGCACAGCCUCAAGUGCUUGGAGUGCAACGAGGUGUUCCAGGAUGAGACGUCGCUGGCGACGCACUUCCAGCAGGCGGCCGAGACGAGUGGACAAAAGACUUGCACUAUCUGCCAGAUGCUGCUUCCUAACCAGUGCAGUUAUGCGUCCCACCAGAGAAUCCAUCAGCACAAGUCUCCCUACACCUGCCCCGAGUGCGGGGCCAUCUGCAGGUCGGUGCACUUCCAGACCCACGUCACCAAGAACUGCCUGCACUACACGCGGAGAGUUGGUUUUCGAUGUGUGCAUUGCAAUGUCGUGUACUCUGAUGUGGCUGCACUGAAGUCUCACAUCCAAGGCUCUCACUGUGAAGUCUUCUACAAGUGUCCUAUUUGUCCAAUGGCGUUUAAGUCUGCCCCAAGCACGCAUUCCCACGCUUACACCCAGCACCCUGGCAUCAAGAUCGGAGAAGCAAAAAUCAUAUAUAAGUGUUCCAUGUGCGACACUGUAUUUACCCUGCAAACCCUGCUGUAUCGCCACUUUGACCAACACAUCGAAAACCAGAAGGUGUCUGUUUUCAAGUGUCCAGACUGUUCUCUUCUGUAUGCACAGAAGCAGCUCAUGAUGGACCACAUCAAGUCUAUGCAUGGGACAUUGAAAAGCAUCGAGGGGCCUCCAAACCUGGGCAUCAACUUGCCUCUGAGCACUAAGCCCCCCACUCAGAACUCCACAAAUCAAAGCAAGGAAGACUCCAGGUCCAUGAAUGGGAAAGAAAAGCUGGAGAAGAAGUCUCCGUCUCCCGUGAAGAAGUCUCUGGAACCCAAGAAAGUGGCCAGUCCUGGCUGGACGUGCUGGGAGUGCAACCGCCUGUUCACACAGAGGGAUGUUUAUAUUUCCCAUGUGAGGAAGGAGCAUGGCAAGCAAAUGAAGAAGCACCCCUGCCGCCAGUGUGACAAGUCCUUCAGCUCCUCGCACAGCCUGUGCCGCCACAACCGGAUCAAGCACAAAGGCAUCAGGCACUGCCCCGACUCCCGGCGGACCUUCACCAAGCGCUUAAUGCUAGAGAAACACAUCCAGCUCAUGCACGGCAUUAAGGAUCCCGACCUGAAGGAGAUGAGAGAGGCCACCAACGACGAGCAGGCAGAGAUGAAGGAAGACGCCAAGGUCCCCAGCCCCAAGCGGAAGUUGGAAGAGCCUAUCUUGGAAUUCCGGCCACCCCGAGGUGCCAUCACCCAGCCACUGAAAAAGCUCAAGAUCAACGUGUUCAAGGUCCACAAGUGCGCCGUGUGCGGCUUCACCACCGAGAACCUGCUGCAGUUCCACGAGCACAUCCCGCAGCACAAGUCAGACGGCUCGUCCUACCAGUGCCGAGAGUGCGGCCUCUGCUACACCUCGCAUGUCUCGCUGUCCCGGCACCUGUUCAUCGUGCACAAGCUGAAGGAACCCCAGCCCGUGUCCAAGCAGAACGGAGCAGGGGAAGACGGACAACAGGAGAACAAGCCCGGUCCUGAGGAUGAGGGCUCAGACGGUGUCCCGUCUGACAGGAAGUGCAAGGUGUGCGCCAAAACCUUCGAAACGGAAGCGGCCUUAAAUGCGCACAUGCGGACACACGGCAUGGCCUUCAUCAAGUCCAAGCGAGUGAGCUCCGCCGAGAAAUAGCCACGACCCCCCCGGGCUGGGGGGAGAAUCCCUGUCCAUAUUGGAAGAAAGCAAAGACGUUUUUGUUACCAAAAGUUUGCAGUAUAAUAGAGUUAACAGUCCCUGCUAGGCCGUUGCAAUAUAUUCACUUUGGAUGUACCUCCUCACCUCAUCUGGUCCUGUCUGCCCUCCACAUUGAUAAGUAUUAAAGACAGUAUUUGAGUUUAAGAGAGUUUGUAUAUAUUUAAAUGAAUAAUAACUUUUUAUACUCUUUGUUACAUGUUUGUAUCAGUAUUUAGUGGGAAAUGUUUUCCAGGUUUUUUGUUUGGAUCUUUCCCCCCUUUUGGGUUAGAAUUUUGCUUUUUGUACCGUUCCUUUACAGAGUUCUUUGCAACAGGGGCAGUUCCUGAAAUCAAAUAAACCAUUUUGUACGUUACGGAUUUGAAUGGGUUAACUACAGGCCAUGGUAAAGCCUGUUUGGUUUUUGUUUGUUUGUUUGUUUGUUUUUUAGUGUUUUUAAUUUUUAGAAGUCACUACACUACAUAAACUGUAGGUUCCUGUGGGUCUUGAAACACUCUAGGGACUUUUAAGUGUCUUAGCACUAUCCUCACGGUGCCUGCUCUUAACCAGGGGAGGUGCACACCUCAGACAUGGCGGCACUUGGGCGUGCGGCCUUGUGUUUCCAGCCGCCCUGUAGGUAGCUCCUUACCCAGUGGUGAAACCCAGUAAGGAAUGUGGCAUUCCCUGCUUCCAUCGUGAAGAAGGGGAGAGAACGGGAGUGCUCAGGGAAGCCAAACACAGGCUGGUGGUCUCCUGGGCACCGGUGCAAGGCUGGCACGUUCCAAGGGAGCCGGCGUACCGUGGAGGCCACUCACGCAUAGUUAGACCAAUAGAUUUGUAUAGAGUCAAGUCUUUGUCACGUAAUUUAUUCACUGUUACAGAAACACAACUAAAAAUAUCAAGUAUUUCUCUGGCUCUUGACAUUAAAACAACAACAAAACAGUAUCAUUGUUGACUUAACCCUUUGCUGUCUUUGUAUAAAAAGUAGGCAUUUCCUGUUCUGGGUGCUACUGCCAAACGUUCUGGUACUUAGAGCUGGGAUGCACGACUUCACCCACUGACCUCCCAUUGCAAAAGCCGGCUAGGCCUCCCCGGCCCUUAGACGAAGCACUGAGCCACCCGGGCCUCGUUCUGUCAUCUCAAUGAGGAAUAUUCACACCAGUAGUUCUGCUUCAUCGAAAUGCAGCCAGGGGGUACCCCUCCUGUCCCUUCCGUUCAUAGUUCUCUGAGAGACGUCUACAUUUCUGCUCUCAGUUUUGAGUCUUCUUUUGCAUUUUGUAUCUUAUAUUUAUCCCCCAAACACGUUUUUAUGGUUUUAUUUUAUUUUGUGUUUUGUACUUUGUUUUUUAAAACGAAGAGAUUCUUUUGUGUAUAUAGAGAUACUUGCAUGAUAGAUUGUAGUCAAUGUUCUGUUCCUCCAAAGGUCUUGCUGCUGUCGGGUGUUCUGCCCUGCAUCCAUCGUAACUGUAUUGAACGCAUUUCACCUGUAAAUAAACAUGGGACGUUUGGCCCUUG